AUGCACCGUCCCUUCGUUCUUGCCAGCUUGGCGCUCUUUUGGAGCCAAGCUGCUGCCUUUGAGGGCAAUCUCAGGCCCAAACCGGAGCUCAUUCCGAAUGCAUUUGUGGUUGAGCUUCGCGAUCCAAUAAGUCUCGGCCGCCGUUCGGACGAACACACCCACGUUGCAUUUAAGCGUGCGCUCUCAUCCUUGACCUCCUACGAUGUGCGAUACGAAUACACCAAUCAUGAACUUUUCUAUGGCAUCUCGAUGAAUGUUCACAACAAUGAGUCUCUCGCUGCGUUGAAGUCUCUACCUGAAGUUGUCAACGUCUCCCCAGUUCAGUUCAUACCACGGCCCCUUCUUGCCAUCGAUUAUGAAAGUCGCUCGGAGUCAUCCUCUUCGGUGCAUACUUCUCGUAAGCUAGCAAAGAGACAGCAGAUUCCCCAGAACAACUUGGACUACAAUAUCCCUCACACCAUGACUGGAGUUGACCGUGUACACGCUGCUGGCAUCAAAGGAAAAGGAGUCAAGAUCGCCGUCUUGGACUCUGGUGUCGACUACUAUCAUCCUGCCCUCGGCGGCUGUUUCGGAUCUGGGUGCAAAAUUUCGUUUGGCUAUGAUCUUGUUGGUGAUGAGUACGACGGAUACGGUACCCCAGUUGAAGAUGCAGAUCCUCUGGCUGCGUGUGUUGGGGGUGGACAUGGCAGUCACGUCUCAGGAAUCAUUGCCAUGGAGUCAUCUUCCAACGAUACCUUCAAAGGCAUGGUAGGCGUCGCACCCGAAGCAACACUGGGUAUGUACCGCGUCUUCGGCUGCUCCGGUGGCGUCGGCAGCGAUGUACUCGUGGCCGCGAUGAUGCGCGCCGCCAGCGAUGGAGCCCAGAUCAUCAGCAUGUCCAUCGGCGGUUUCUCCUCGGUCGGCAACUCGCCAAACGACCCUUACCACGUCCUGAUCCAGAAGUUAACGGACAGCGGCAUUGCUGUCGUGGCUGCUGCGGGCAAUGACGGAGCCAACCUCCCCUUUGCAGUCAACGCGCCUGCCAACAGCCCUGCUGCCAUUGCAGUCGGCUCCAUCGAAAACACUCUUUUCCAGACGUUUGAGCUGAUUGAUUCAAAUGGUGAAGUCAUUCGUUAUGGAAGUCUUUACCCCUUCCCCCUGAACCGCACGCUAACGGCGGUGCACGUCGGCGAUGGGGGCGUCCAGGGCAACUUCGGAUGCCGGGCAGCCGACUAUGAUGCCAUUGCAAGCAAAGCCACAGGUUCAAAGGAGAACUACGUGAUCGUAGUUCGACGUGGACUUUGUGGUCUCUCCUUGAUUCAGGAUGUUGCAGCUACCGCAGGCUUCAACAACAUCCUGACAUACCCUGACAGGGACGUUCUUGACAACCCAUUUUUGGAGGGAUUCAGUGCAACCCUGCCAAAUGCUGCGCGUAACUUCGGUACAACGACAAACAACAAGAUCCAGGUUGGAUCUCUGAAAGGCGGAUACUCUGUAACAUUUCGAACUGCUACCCCCCAGCUCACACGGCAAGCGUGGGGCGGCCAGAUGAACAACUUUAGCAGUCCAGGACCUGUGUGGGAUUUCAGCCUCAAGCCCCAGAUCAGUGCCCCUGGCGGCCAGAUUCUGUCGACCUGGCCCCUUGCUGCAUCAGGAUGGGCGCUGGCCAGCGGCACCUCAAUGGCUACUCCGUACCUUUCUGGUGUUCUCGCACUCGUGAAGUCGCAAUUCCCGGAGCUAUCAGUGACCGAGAUACUCAACCGUCUCCAGUCAACCUCAAAGCCGACAACUCGCGCCACCCGUGACGAUGUUUCGCCUCCUGUUCAUCAGGGAGCCGGCUUGGUCGACGCCUACAAUGCGAUCUUCUAUCCUUCAUUCAUCUCGCCCGGCCAGUUUGAUCUCGGUCCCAAUGAGGUUGUCGCCCGUUCUAGCUACUCUAUCAAUAUUGCAAACCCGUCAGACAAAGCCACAAAGUAUACCCUAGGUCACAUCCCAGCCCCUGGCAUGGCUCGCUACCCUAAUCCGGACGUCCCAGACCAGGUCGGAUUCUUCAGCAACGUCUAUCAACGACUUGCCUCUCUCCCUUUCGCAGCAACUAUCAACUUCCCAGAAAGUUCAAUAGUCACUCUAGGUCCUGGUGAAAAUAAGACUAUUUCCGUGGAGAUCGUCCCGCCGCAAAACCUCCGAGCUUUCAUGAUCCCUUUUUACUCAGGCUUUAUAUCCAUCUCCUCUGACCGGAAUGAAAAGCUUUCUAUCCCAUACCAAGGGGCCGGGUACAACUACACAGCUGCUCCAAGCUUGGGAACCGAUCCCGUGCCGCCUAAUGUCCUCAUACCCGUAACCGAGUAUCCCGUGUUCGGAGCUCCACAGCUUGUCACGUCCGACGGCUUCGGGAUUCAGGACUACAUCAAGAUUGAUCCCGCCGAGCUGACCCUUUACUACGCCGGCAUGCAGCCCGUGCGGAUUGAGAGGCUGGACGUUGUUCGCGCAGACACAGACUUCAAGUCCACAUGGUAUGGAUUCAAUCAGAAUAGACCUCUGAACUAUACCAAGACAGCGCAGCCUGUCAACGGCACAGUCGCCGGCGCCGAGUUAUUGGGCAACCUGUACGUUAACUACAAUAAUGCGCCGGUGACUAGCUUGUUUGACUCCUGGCCUGUUCCAAGGUUGUGGGACGUCGAGACUGCGUCUGUCCCGAUACCUAUGUUGAAGGGCGGAUACAGACUAUUGAUAUCUCACUUGAAGUAUGGUGCGGAUGAGACUAAGCCUGAGGACUGGUCUACCUGGAUGAGCGGUGUUAUCGAUGUUCCGCAAGAUUACUACCCAUAA